AUGGGUGUGAAUCAUGGUGAAAAUCUGGAAGUAUUGGAUAUAUCGAAGAUGGAUGAUUUAACAAUUGCUACCCAAAUGGAUGUUCAUGGCGAGGAUGAUACACAAUCUUAUGACUUUUAUAAUUCUUAUGGAGGAAGAGUUGGAUUUAGUAUUAGAAAAGAAUAUGCUCAUAAAAGUAAGAUCGGUGAAAUUACUUCAAGGACAUUUGUUUGUUCUAAGGAGGGUCUUAGAAAAUAUGAUAAAAGAGAUUUUGCUGUAAGGAUUCCUAGGGAGAAGACAAGGACCGGUUGUGGUGCUUUGAUGAGCAUUAAAUUAAUUAGGCAAAUUGGGAAGUAUAGAGUUAUCAAUUUUGUAGAAACACACAACCAUCCCCUUGUAGUAAGUGCAAUUGCUCAUAUGCUUCCUUCCCAAAGAAAAAUUUCCACCUCUCAAUAUAUUGAAAUAGAUUUAGCAGAUGACUGUGGGAUACCUCUUAGGUCAUCCUAUGAGUUAAUGGGUAGAGAGGCAGGUGGAAGGGAAUGUGUUGGGUUUUUAAAAAAAGAUCAAGAGAAUUAUUUAAGAACAAAAAGACAAAGAAUGUUGGAAUUUGGUGAAGCAUGGAGCAUAUUGAAGUAUUUUCAAGAUCAGACGGUACAAAAUCCUUCAUUCUUUCAUUCUGUGCAAUUGGCUACUGAAGAGCAAAUAACAAAUAUUUUUUGGGCAGAUGCUAGAAUGAUAAUUGACUACGGUCAAUUUGGGGAUGUUGUAACAUUUGACACAACAUACAAGAUUAAUAGAGAGAGCCGACCUUUUGCUAUUUUCGUUGGCUUCAAUAACCACCGAGAGACCAUUGUUUUUGGAGCUGCAUUGAUUGGUCUUGGUGGGGUAAGAAGUGUUUUGGGAAAGUUUAUAGAUGAGUAUGAGGAGGAAGAGGAAUUUUUUGCAGCUUGGAAUGCUAUGUUAGAUGAGUUUGAUGUUUAUGAUAAUUCAUGGCUGCAAAGCAUUUUUCAUUUAAGGAAGAAAUGGGUUAGGGCAUAUGUUAGGUAG